CCCUCUCGCGGCAGAUUUGCUUAUUUAGGGUUAUCUAUUUAAUAUCUUUCCCAUUCUUGAGAGUUAUAGCCUUCGAUCAUCAACGGCAUACCAAGAACUAAUAAAUCUAUUGAGAAGCGUGAACCUGCUGAACAUCCAGGAUUGAGCUCCAUUACGGCGCGCUUUGGGUUUCGUGAUUCGGAUUCAAUUACCAAAUUGUUGCUAUCGAUUAACGACAUGAUCUGUAUCCAACUUGCUGCUAUUGUGACUGGAGUUCAAGCCAUUGCUGCCAAGAUUGACAGUGUGCCGAGAUUGCAAUCUUAAUUGUUGCCGAAAUUGGAAGAUUGAACCAGCUGUUGGGAUUGGCAGCCUCCAUUACUGUCGAGACUGAAAGUUCCAAUUAACUUUGAGAUUGAAAGCCUCAGUUGCAAUCUGUUGUGGGAUACAGAGUUGUGAUUGUAGGCCGAUGAUACAUAGGGAAGGUGCAUGGAUUCUCUUUUAAUGUUAAUUCAGGGGUUGUGGAAUUGCUUGAGCUUAAUUCAUUCAGGAUUUCUAUCAGUCCAUCUAGAUUGUUGAGUACCUAUGCUUUAUGCACUGAAGAUUCCUUGAAGUUUUAUCAGACGGUUAUUUUGCAUGAAGCAGCAGCCUCACAGAUAUAAAGGUACCUUUUGGUGAAAAAUAAAGAUGUUAAUUAUGCAUUUUGGAUUGACUUUACAGGUUUUUUGGUUGCUAAAACAUCUCAUUUUUCAUGUAAGUACAUCUUUUAAUGUUAUUUUAUCAUGCUGGACAUUUAUGGGUUAAUUCAAGUGGUGAAAAUAUUCUAGGCAGACUGCCAUUUUUAAGAUGUGAUCCAAAACGUGCAUGAGCACACACAUGCACAGGAAGACUGCACUAUAAAAGCACAUGAGUAGAUUAUUUACUAAGAGACUUCUACAUAUAAAAUUCAUGGCCAUGGUACCCAUUCUUUACUAAUUUGGGAUUAAGGCUUCAUUGUUGUUUAAAGACUUAAAAAGUUAUAAAUAUGGCUAUUACAGGGCUGGAGGAUGAUUCUUUGGAUUCUCAUUGAUUUUUUCAGCAACUUAGGUUUUAUUUGCUUGAGUUUUCGGAUUGCUGAUGCAAGCAUUGGUGUUCUCAUAUUUUUCUUUUAUCAAUUUCAUUUUAAAGUUUUCCUUAUGUUCUAUUUUCUGGUUUUGAAUGAUGAAUGUGUCCACUACUUAGUUUUUGAAGAUGCAAAGUUGAUAAAACAUUUCUAUUGUUUGCUAUGUUUUUAUGGUAGUUUCUUUGAUUAUGUUAUAUUUUCUGCUAUCAAUUGCAUCAUAAAGAAGUGUGUACUUGAGUUAGUUCAAAUGAUUUCAGAUUAGGAUAAUUUUCUAAUAGCAAGUUUUAUUCUACUGAUUAGAAAUAAAAUCUGCCAAAAUUAUAGACGUUUAAUAUGGGAGCUCAAAAAAUUGCACCACAGCAGCAGCAUACCUUCUGCUCUGGUGCAUAGCUCCUAUGCUUCGUAGCUGUUAUGGUGCACAGCAGCUAUGGUCCAUAGUUGCUGUGGUGCACAGCAGUAGCAGGUCUGCUGCUGUGGUAGCAGCAGACACCACAACAGUAGCAGGUCUGCUGCUGUGGAAGCAGCAGGCACCACAACAGUAGCAAGUCUGCUACUGUAAGAAGCAGGUGCUUGCUGUGUUAGCAUCAGGCACCUGCUGCUGUGCAGCACUUGCUGUUGUGGUGCACGGCAGCAGGCACUUGCUGCUGUUUGUGGCUGUGCACCACAGCAGCAGGUCUGCCUUUGGAUUGAUAACCUAUCAAACUUGUGCUUUUGGAUUGUUGCAAUAGGCACCUUUUGCCUUUGGAUUGUUGCUGCUGUGGUACAAAAUUGAUUGAUAACAUAUUAAACUUCUGCCUUUGGAUGAACAAAAUAAAUUAGCUAAAAGAAUCUUUCAAAAAUCAGUGCAUGAAACAAAGUUUACACCAUCAAGUUAUAGGAUAGUAGAAGGGAGAAUGAAAUGAUUCAAAGGCCUAAACCAAUUUCUAUUGAGAUCCUAUUGAAUUUCUGCUUUUGGAUUAACAAAAUAAAUUUGGUGAAGGAAUCAUUGAAGACAAACAGCUGGACAUGUUUAACAAAUAUUUCACUCAAUAUUGCAGAACAAGCAAUGGGGUUUCACAUAAAAAGAAUAAUCCGAGUGACCAUAUUUAUCUCAUAUUUCGAAGGAUAAAUUUUAAUUUAGUAUCUAUGUUUAUUCUUAUUUCAUGACUUUCAUAUAAUCUUAUACAUGAGUUUAAAUGUAGUUUAGAGCAGUAUGAUGGAAUCUAUCCUCAGUAUUCAAUUUUGAUCCAUUACUACAAUUCUUAUAUAAUUAGUAAUUUUAUAUUUUUUAUUAAUAGUAAACAAAAUAAAUUUAUUUGAAUUUCAAUAUAUAAGUUUCUUUUUCUAAUUUUAAUUAAAAAUAUCUUGUACAAGCAGGUGCAGCAGAAGUGCACUAGCAGGUGCACCUGCUGGUGCACUUUUGGAAUUACAAAUACUCUCAAGCUUUUACAAAUACUUCAUUAGCCUAUUUGUUUAUUUAAUUCCUAAGGAUCUUGUUGACAGUGCAUCUAUUUGUUUAUUUAAUUCCUAAGUUUUUACAAAUACUCUUAAGCUUUUACAAAUACUUCGUUAGUCUAUUUGCACCUAUUUGUUUAUUUAAUUCCUAUGCUAAUGUCUUGUAGAAGCUCAAUCUUUUAUGUCUUCUCUCUUUGCAAAUAAAAGAUGAUUUCGCACUAACUCUUUCUGGUUUUCUUUUACUAAUUUUUUUUUAUGUCUCCUAUAGAGAGAGCUGAGAGUUAUUUUGAGUAACUCACUAAGCACACAACAUAGAUUUGAAAAGGUCUACUAUAGUUGUCGUGCCAAAUAUUGCUAUUUAAUUUGUUUUAUAUUUGAUCUUAAUGAUUCUAUAUGAAAGAAAGCAAAAUUGUUGAUUUUUAAAGGGUCCAUUUACAUUUACUAAAUUUAAUUAGAUUAGUUACAAGUAACAAGUGAAAUUAUCCCAUUAAUAUCUGCACCACCCUUAUUUUGGAUUAGCAGUUUAUGGUUGAGGUGGUAAAUGUUUUGUUUUUUAUGAAGUUUAAAGCCACUUAUCAUUUUUUUAGCUUGUUGUUGAACCAUUCAUGUAUUAUUAAAAAUGCCUGACUGGAAGACCCUAUUUCUCUGUAUAUCUUAUUUGUCUGACUUUUUGUAUUCUCAAUACAACAGUAUCUCACUAGAGUAGAGUGGCUUAUAAGGAAUCAAGAUCUAUUUAGUUUCUUCAGGAUUUUGACUACUAGCGCGAAUGCAGAUAAUAAAGUAUUGGAUAGAUAAUAAACUAUUGGAUAUUGUUACGAUGUCAUGUGCCCACUAGAAGAUUUCUAAUUCCUCUGCUAACAUUCAUGUCAGGUUUAUGCCUCUACUGUACAAGUACACAACUAUCCUGUGACUGCUUUCCAAUGGCAUCCAGAGGGAUAUAAACGUAAUUUUACCUAUUUCAAUCGUUGAGGAUGGCCUGUGCUGAUUUUAGCAGUGUGAACGCUGAAGAACGGCCAUGGAAAGAUCACAAAACAGACCAAACCAAACCAAACUAAACUAAACCCGAUUCCUCUCAUACAAAUGUAAAAGCUUUGCCUUUCGGUUCUCCUCCUGUUUCUAUCUCUUUCUCCUUGUCCGUUUCUAUGGAAUCUCCUACUUUUUCAUUCUGGACCUCGGCUUCUCUGCUGCCCUUCUCACUGGUUCUUUUUCAUGUUGUUCUGAUCGGUGCAGAGUCUUCAGUUAAUCCUCCCGUUCAAGUAGAGCCAAAAGCAUAUCAGCCAUUGUUUGAUUGUGAAGGACAUGAUGGAAAGGAUCAGGAUACAUUUUCUGGUGCUAGACUUGGAAAUCCUCUGGAUGAAAAGGACAUUGACAUAAUUGCAACAUAUAGUGGCACUUCUGGCGAUAUUCAGAUUAGGAGGGUGAAAAUGAAGGACUUGUCUGCUUCCUGGGUUUUGGAAAAUCCCAUAGAUAAAGGCCAUAAUCAGCCAAAGGCUUCCUCGACAUCAAAGGACUCAUUUCAAUCUGUUCCCAAACUUCAAGAUAAUGUUGAGCAUUCUGGGAAUCAACAACUUCCUAAUUUAGCAACAAGUCCAGUGAGGCUGCAGCGUCGGCUAUUGAGGCAAAGAAGGAGGGAUCUUCGAACUGCAUUGCUAGUUCGGGAAGAUGAAGAAGCGGACAACCAGACAAGAGCAGCAGCAAUAAAACAAUCUGAAAGCUUGGACACCACUGUCAAGGGAAAGUACAGUAUAUGGAGAAGAGACUAUGAGAAUACACAUUCUGAUGCUGUGUUGAAACUAAUGCGGGAUCAGAUUAUUAUGGCUAAAGCAUAUGCAAAUAUAGCCAAAUCUAAUAAUGAAACCAGCCUUUAUGACUUGCUUAUGAAACAUUCUAGAGAAAGUCGACAUGCUAUUGGAGAGGCUACAUCAGAUGCUGAGCUCCACCCUAGUGCACUUGCUCAAGCUAAAGCAAUGGGUCAUGUGCUCUCUAUAGCAAAGGAUAGAUUGUAUGACUGUCCUACUAUGUUGCGGAAGUUACGUGCUAUGCUUCAGUCAAGUGAAGAGAAUGUAAAUGCUGUGAAGAAGAAGAGUGCCUUCUUGAUUCAACUAGCUGCAAAAACAAUUACAAAACCAUUGCAUUGUCUUCCUUUGCGGCUUGCUGCUGACUAUUUCUUGCUCGGUUAUCAAAAUAGAGAGUAUCCAAACAAAGAAAAGCUUGAGGAUCCCUCUCUUUAUCACUAUGCCAUCUUUUCUGAUAAUGUACUAGCAACAUCUGUGGUGGUUAAUUCCACAGUGCUUCAUGCAAUAGAUCCCGGAAAACACGUUUUCCAUAUAGUCACAGAUAAAUUGAACUUUGCAGCAAUGAAAAUGUGGUUUCUUGUCAACCCCCCUGCAAAAGCAACAGUACAUGUUCAGAAUAUUGAUGAUUUUAAGUGGUUGAAUUCCUCGUACUGUUCUGUUCUACGUCAGCUUGAAUCUGCCAGGGUUAAAGAAUACUACUUCAAGGCGAAUCAUCCUUCCUCCCUCACUGCUGGGUCUGAUAAUCUCAAAUACAGGAAUCCAAAAUAUUUGUCUAUGCUGAAUCAUCUUAGAUUCUACCUCCCUGAAGUUUAUCCAAAGCUAGAUAAGAUCCUUUUUUUGGAUGACGAUAUUGUGGUUCAGAAGGAUUUGACGCCGCUUUGGUCUGUUGAUCUGAAGGGGAUGGUGAAUGGUGCAGUGGAGACUUGUAAGGAGAGCUUUCAUAGAUUUGAUAAGUAUCUCAAUUUCUCUAAUCCAAAGAUAUUUGAGAAUUUCAGUCCAAAUGCUUGUGGUUGGGCAUUUGGAAUGAACAUUUUUGACUUGAAGGAGUGGAGAAGACAAAAUAUCACUGGAAUAUAUCAUCAUUGGCAAGAUCUGAAUGAGGAUAGAACUCUUUGGAAGUUGGGAACAUUGCCUCCUGGAUUGAUCACUUUCUAUAAUCUAACCUGUCCGUUGGAUCGUCGCUGGCAUGCCCUGGGACUUGGUUAUGACCCAGCCCUUAACCAAACUGAGAUUGAAGAUGCAGCUGUAGUUCAUUACAAUGGAAAUUACAAGCCUUGGUUGGAUUUGGCUAUCACCAAGUACAAGUCUUACUGGUCUAAAUAUGUAAAGUAUGAUAACCCUUAUCUCCAACUUUGCAACAUUAGCGAAUGAUAGUUUCUUGAGGAAAAUUUUUGUCAAGUGCCUUGUAGAAAUAUUUUUAUUCUUUAUAAACAUAGUUCAUUCAAUUUGUCAUUUCCAA